AUGAACUUGUUGACUGCGCUUGUUCUCGUCCUUGUGUGUGCUGCUGUGAACUCAAAGGAACUGCCCGAAAAGUUCUACGGAAAGUUCGAUCUCGAUCACUCAGAGAACUUUGACGAGUACCUGGAGGCCAAAGGGUACGGAUGGUUCACACGGAAACUGGUCACAUUUGCUACGUUUAAGAAGGAAUUCAUGAAGAGCGACAAACCAGGAAAGUUUGACUAUUCAAAUCUCACCUCAAAGAAGGAUGUGCACUACAAAGAUAUUGAACUUGGAAAGGAGUUUGUUGGAGAAGGUCUCGAUUCCACCAAACACAAGAUUACCUUCGAUCUCGUCGGAGAGACCUUGUUCGAGAAGCAUAUUCCAAUGGAAGGAGGAGAAGCUAAAGAGGAGACAUACGAAUAUUCUUUUGCAACCAAAGGUGACAAGGAGUAUCUUCUUGUGAGAAUGGAAGCAAAUGGCGUGGUCGGUAAACGCUUCUACAAACGCAUGUGA